GUCAUGAGCAACAAAAGUUUCCAGGAUCAUUUUAUCUUGUUGGGUUUCUCUGAUCGGCCUAGGCUAGAGCAUAUCCUCUUUGUGAUAGUUUUAAUCUUCUAUUUGAUUACUUUGGUGGGCAAUAUCACCAUUAUUUUGGUCUCCCUAUUAGACACACGGUUGCACACCCCUAUGUACUACUUCCUUACAAACCUCUCUUUCCUAGACCUUUGUUUCACUACCAGUUCUAUACCUCAACUUCUCUUCAACUUGAGAGGACCCAAUAAAACCAUUAGCUACUUAGGUUGUGCUGUCCAACUUUUCAUGUUUCUUGGAUUAGGUGGUACAGAAUGUAUCCUUCUUGCUGUCAUGGCUUAUGAUCGUUUCAUUGCCAUUUGCAAACCCCUCCAUUACACUGUCAUUAUGCAUCCCCAGCUUUGUGUACAACUGGUAGCAGUGUCUUGGGGCAUUGGACUCCUCAACUCUUUGGUUAUGUCUCCUAUAACAAUGAAACUCCCUCGAUGUGGGAGAUGCCAAGUGAAACAUUUCUUGUGUGAGAUGCCAGCAUUAAUCAAAAUGGCCUGUGUGGAUACAGUGGCUAUGGAAGGUACUGUCUUUAUCUUAUCUGUAAUAAUUGUCUUGAUACCCCUCUCACUUAUUCUUAUCUCUUAUGGAUACAUUGCCCAGACAGUUCUAAGGAUCAAGUCAGCUGCAGGACGAAGAAAGGCCUUCAAUACCUGUGGGUCUCAUCUCACUGUGGUCUCUCUCUUUUAUGGUAACAUCAUUUACAUUUAUAUGCAACCAGGGAACAACUCAUCUCAGGACCAGGGAAAGUUCCUCACCCUCUUCUACAACUUAGUGACUCCUAUGUUGAACCCUCUUAUCUAUACUCUUAGGAACAAGGAAGUGAAAUCCGCAUUAAAGAAAUUAUUUUGGAAAGAUGCAGGCUCACAUGACAAGUGA